AUGAACAUUCAAGGUCUAGCGCUGCACGGGCACAUGAAGCCCGUGACGAUGAUCAAGUUCAACCGCGAGGGUGACUUGCUCUUCUCCGUCGCGAAGGAGCCGAACAUCAGCGUGUGGUACACCAAGACCGGCGAGCGCCUCGGCGUGUACACCGGGCACAGCGCCAUCGCGGCGUGCGACGUGAACAACUACUCGACGCUGCUCGUGACAGGCGGUAUGGACUUCAAGGCGAAGCUGUGGUGCGUCGAGACCGGCGAGGAGCUCGCGAACAUCAUGCUCAAGAACCCGGCACGCUCCGUCGGCUUCGCCCACGACGACAGCAAGCUGAUGAUCAGCACGUCCAAGAAGAUGGGCGAGAAGUCGGCGGUGCAGCUGUACAACCUCCCCUUCGCGCUGCCGAAGGAGGACUACGCCGUGCAGCCGGUCAAGACGGCCUUCAACCCGUGCGCGGAGUUCGUGUCGGAGUGCGAUGACAUCACUUACGCGGUGUGGGGGCCGACGAACGACACGAUUUAUUACGCCAUGGCCGACGGCUCCGUGGCGAUCCUCGAUGUGGAGACGAUGCGCACAGUGCGCACGCAGCAGCCGCACGAGGAGACCGUCAACCGCAUCGGCUUCGACCCCAACUACCACACCCUCAUCACCGCCUCCAAGGACAAGACGGCCCGCCUCCUAGACUCCCGCGAUAUGGCGGUUAUCCAGACGUACACGAGUGAUGUGCCGGUGAAUGACGCGUCGAUCUCGCCGUGCGGCGAUCACGUCAUUCUAGGCGGUGGUAUGGACGCGCAGGACGUCACAACGCAGGGCGGGCAGACCGCCUUCGAGGUGAAGUUUUAUCACAAGGUGCACGAGAAGCAGCUGGGACAGGUGCGCUGCCACUUCGGUACGAUCAACUCCGUCGCGUUCUUCCCCGACGGCCGCGGGUUUGCUAGUGGCGCCUUUGACGGCCUCGUGAAGCUGCACCGCUUCGAUGAGAACUACGAUGCUGCGCCCGGUGCGAAGCCGAUCUGGACGACAGAGUCUUACUGA